AUGGCGACAUCUCUGGCUGCGCAGCUCAACAAAAUCGCGUCCCAAUCUCGAAGCAGUUUAAACACAAAGACUGUGAAGGCGGCUCAUGCCAAGUCAUUGCUCUUCGAGGCUCGCGUAGCAGCAACCCAGUCCUUUCCAGAGAUCUAUUCGCUGUGUCACGAUGGCUUCGAAGAAUUGUGCCACCUGGAUCCACGUUUCAGUCACUAUGCCACCAACCUCUUCAGCAACGAGAGCCAGGAUGCGGAACGAAUUCAAAUGACGGCUGAGGAGAAUGUAGCACUGGACAGGCGUGUAGAAUCGUUCCUCCACCUUGUCGGCGGCCGUCUUCGACUUCUUCCUGCGAUAAAGGCCAUUGAAUGGCUGAUUCGGAGAUUCCGAAUCCACGAGUUUAACACGGCGACUCUAAUUACCACUUUCCUACCGUUUCACACCAUCCCGGCCUUCGUCACCUUGCUGUCCAUUUUGCCCCGCCAGAUUCCCGACAAGUAUAGGUUUCUUGACCCCUAUAUCCGCUCUCUGACGGCGCCUCCUCGGGCUGCCAUUGUCCAGCAGGCGACAAACCGCCCGGAGAUCCUCUCGACCAUCUCCGAGUACACCCUUGAAUCGUGCCGAUCUAAACAUGAGUACCCCGGGCUAAUUUCGUUCUGGGGCGGUAUCAUGGUGGAGGCUGUCAAUGGAAUGCUCGACAAGAUGCGGUCCGGGAGGAAGAGCAUCCAGAUGGAGAACAACCACACCCUACUCCAGCAAAUUUCGCCGGUUCUGAGCGAGGCCAUGGUCAUGAAGGACGUGCCGGGCCUUCAAAUUGCAAGCUAUAUGAUUAUUGCGGUUCUUGCCUCCAAGGGCAGUCUGGACGAUGGGGCACUGUCUGCCUUCAUGGACCAGCUCGUCCUCGGCUGGACAGCUGAGACUUUCCGCUCGGGCCUUGUCUGCCUCUGCAUUCUAUCGCAAUACCGAUCUGCGAAGCAGCUUUCCGCGAGAGUAGCCAAGGCUCUUCUCAAGCUGCAACAGCUUACUCAAACUCUGCAAGAUAUUAGCCAGGACCAUAGGGUUGACAAGCUGGCGAAUGGGCUUGCUCUGGCUUUGGUUGACAGGCUCUCUAAAAAGGGCGAUAUUCGUAGCCUCCCGGCCGUGAAGUCACUUCUGCUAGGCAAUGUUCUCCAGGAGAAGCAGGCCAAGGUUGUCUACAAGGCAAUGCUUCUGGCAGCCCACAAAAUCAACGACGAUGUUGACCAGGAUGGCCGCAUCCGCAAGGAGCUUGGCUCGGUUCUAGUCAGCUUGUCUCAAGCUACCGGAGAUGCUGGAGAUGCCAUUAGAGCGGCGAUUGAGGAUGUUGAGUUCGACAUCGAGGAGCUGGAGCUGAAACUGGGCACAUCCAUUCAUUCUAAGCUCAUCAUCGAGCAACCGGUGGAGGAUCUGACAGUCGACAAGGAAUCCGGGCUUCCCGGGAAACAAGAAAAGCUGGAAGCGGCCCUCCAACGGGUUUCAAACCUGGAACCUCAGACGUCUUCAUGCUUAUCUGAGGAGCCAACUAAUUUGCUUGACGAGCUCUUUUCGGUAUUUUUAUCCGCGGCUGCUAGCGAGGGCAGUCUUCCGAACUUCGACAAUGCCCCCGUUUUGAGCCAGCUCCAAGCACCAAGGGAAUCGUUUUACUUCAGUUUCUAUGUGCGGAUCUGGUGUGGCCAGUUUCCCACACUAGCCAAGGUAGCGGCCCUGGAGCAAGUCAAAGCUCGAUUGAAGGAAGAAGACUGCACCAGCCACGACUUUCAGGCCCUGAUUCCUUACUGCAUAGUCGCACUGAGCGACUCUGCGAAGAAGGUCCGUCGUGCUGCGGCAGAUCUCAUGGCUGUCUUGGGUCCUCUUUUCGCCGACCCUGCUAAGAGCACUCGACCUGUCUGGGGGUCAAAAGAUCUCUAUGUGAAGAGCGAUGUCCUUUCAAACCUGGCCCCUGACGCAUCAAAGUCACUGGUUCAGUCCGUCCUCCUCCCCUCUCUGGAAGAAUCCGUCAUCCACCAGGACCAUGUGCUCGCGGCUCUUAGCGGUUGCUUGGAAAAGAAGGACACUGAGAAGAAGCAUCUCUCUCACGCGAUGAGACUCUCUAUUUUGAAGUUUUUGUGCAGCCAUGUUGUGGCGACACCCAUUCUCACAGUCAAGCUGUGCUUACUGAAGCCGCUUAACCAAAUACGGAGCAUUUCCGGCACCUCCAGAACAGAUCUUCUGCUGCCGCUGCUCAAAUGGUGGGCUUAUCUGCCAGAAACUGAAGCAAGCCAGCUUGCAAUCCGAGAGCAACUCGACGAGGUGGCGCUGGAUGCCGCGUUUGUGGACAUUGUCAUUGCAAACAGUGCUGUUGGACUCGAAACGCUUCUUGACUUCAUCAAAGAACCACGAACUGCAUCGAGGCCAAACCUUGUCCAGGCUAUAUUUGCUCGCCUAGGCAAGAUCUGGCCGUCGAUGAAAUCCGAUACGCGGUUUUCCAUGGCGAAGAUAAUGAUUGCUCUUUCGCAAACCGUUUCCCGACCCUCGUCUGGACCGAGUUCCAUUCCUGCAGAGGCUGCUGACCUCCUGCGGAAGGUGGAACUCACAACCGACAUACUCCUUGACUUUCUCCAGACUCUGCAGGAAGGCGUCAAUAUGGUCAUUGAGCCGCCAGCGGCCAAACGGAGGCGGGUCAGUGCGUCAGAGCACAGCCGAAGCGUUAGUCUGCAAGGUAGCCCAGAGCUCCACGCCGUUCUGAACAAUACCACGUUUGUUUUGGAACUUGUCCAGGAGUCCAAACCACAAGACCACCCGGAACUGCUCACGAGCCUCUUCAACGCCCUGGCAGACCUUCAACAUCUCCGGACUCUUAUUGGCUCAGAACUGGGGUAUCUUCAAAACCUUGUGCUAAGCAGCCUCCUGGCAAUGAUGCCAGCCUUCAAGAAGGACAAAAACUUGACGAUUGAUGCAUCCGUAGGUCAUGGAGACGUAUUGGCGGCCUGCAUUCAGAAAUCAUCCAGCCCCACCGUUAUCAAUGCCGCGUUGCUUCUCGUGGCUAGUCUGGCGAAAACUGCUCCCGAGGUUGUGCUGCAGAGUGUGAUGCCCAUUUUCACCUUCAUGGGCGGCUCAGUGCUCAAGCAGGCCGACGACUACUCGGCCCAUGUCAUCAACCAGACCGUCAAGGAGGUAAUUCCUCCUCUAAUCGACACAUUCCGCAGGACUCGGAGAAACCUUGUGGCAAGCACAUCGGAACUUCUCACGAGUUUCGUAACUGCCUACGAACACGUACCCUCUCACCGAAAGUACGGUCUGUUCGUGUCUCUGAUCGAAAGCCUUGGGCCAGAAGAUUUCCUCUUCGCGGUGCUCGCCAUGUUUGUGGACAAGUAUGGUGCCACAGAUAGCAUGGUCUCAUUCACCACCCAACUCUUGAGCCACUUCUCUGUUGAAAUCCAACUGCAGACUUUGAUCAAGUUCCUGGACCUGGUCGGCGACAUUUUCAAGCCGAAGCCCAUUUUGUCGGCCACGCUCCUUGGAAAGAACGAUCAUGGAGAGAAGGACCCUGCAAAAACCGCGACAAAGCAGCUCGCGCUUUUGCCACACCUACUUGCGAACCGGCGGCUGAAACGGGAAAUUUCCCAGUUGGCUGAGAGGGACGACAUGGACUCGGCCAGGAUUCGUGAUCUUUACGCCACACUGCUAGAGAGCCUGCUCACGCUCGCAAGCACUGUCAAGACUAAAAAGCCCCUGUACAACCGCUGCGGCGACGCGCUGUCCAAUCUUCUGAACCUGUUAUCAAUCGCCGAGUUCAUCAAGAGCGUGGAAGCUCUGCUCGAUCGGCCCAAGGUUGGACUGCGGCAGAAGGUUUUGCGAGCCCUCGAGCUGCGCGUGGACAGCGAAGGCAACACGGACCCGAAGUCGAGGACGGCCUUGCUCGCUUUUUUGCCCCAGCUCACUGCUGUUGUUCGAGAGUCGGAUGACAUGGACUACAAGCACACGGCUGUGACUUGUGUCGACAAGAUCGCCGAGAAGUAUGGCAAGAAGGAUAUUGAGGCGGUUGCAGCUGCCGCGGCGACAAUUGUGGGCGACCACUGCCUUGGCCAGCCAUCUCAGACCCUCCGCGUCAUGGCCCUUUUGUGUCUGGCCUCGCUCGUUGACGUCUUGCAAGACGGCAUCGUGCCUGUACUCCCGGCGGCAAUUCCCAAGGCACUGGCUUAUAUCGAAGAAAGCAUUGGUGACGAAAAGUCAAACCCAGAGCUUCACAAUGCGGCAUAUGCCUUUAUGGCAGCGCUAGCUCAGCACAUUCCGUACAUGAUGUCGGGCGCUUACCUCGAUCGGUUGCUGGCUUGCUCGAACUCGUCGGCGGCCGCUGGCCUCGACGAAGAAUCGAAUAGCAAUCGAUCCCACUGUCUUCAGCUCCUGGCGAAGCUGGUUGAUCCGAAGGCACUAUUUGUUGCCCUGGAGAAGAACUGGGCCCAUGCGGCUGCCUCGGGUUUCGCGGCCCUCACCGAAUGCCUCCAAAUUCUUGGCAUGGCUCUCGACAAACACCCCAAGUCGGUUAUCGCCAAAAACAUUACUUCCAUCUCGGCCAUUUUCCUCAGUGCUCUCGACCUGAGGAGACUUAAUGCUACCAACCAAACUGGCGAGUUUGGAGCAACGGAACUUGCUCAGAUCGAGAGCGCUAUUAACGGUGGUGCUCUCAAGAUGAUAUACAAGCUAAACGACGCCGCUUUCCGACCCGUGUUUGCCCGGUUUGUCGAGUGGUCGUGGUCGGGGCUCCCCAAGAGCGACGUCGCCGGGAGGACUUUGCGCCUACUGAGUCUGUACUCGUUCCUGGAUACCUUCUUCGGCAGCCUCAAGUCAAUUGUGACCAGCUAUGCGUCUUAUAUGGUGGAGAGCGUAGUCGCUGUCCUGGGCAAGACGGAUUUCAAGGAGGCAGGCGAGAAGGAGCUGUGGAAGCAAGUCCUCUGCACUCUGGCCAAGUGCUUCGAACAUGACCAGGAUGGGUUCUGGCAAGCACCCGCGCACUUCAACGCCGUUGCCCCUGUACUUACAGGGCAGUUCCUGUUGGCGGGAACUAUCGAGUCGACCGAGGAGCUCGCCGCAGCUGUUGUGGAGCUCGCCGCAGCUGCCGUCUCGAAGGAGCACCACAAGGAGUUGAACGGAGCGCUGCUCAAACAUCUCCGAUCGGAGCAGCCCGCUGUGCGGCUGGCGGUGGUGAAGUGCGAGCAGGACCUGACGGCUCGUCUGGGCGAGGAGUGGCUGCAGUCGCUGCCUGAGAUGCUGCCGUAUAUCAGCGAGCUACAAGACGACGACAACGAGACAGUGGAGCGGGAGAAUCGCCGCUGGAUCGUGGCCAUCGAGCAAACACUGGGGGAGAGCCUGGACUCGAUGUUGCAGUAG